AUGUCUGCUUUCAGCAACGAAAAACACUUUGAUGCCGUAGAGUAUCUGGCCAACCGGCCUCAGUAUAGUCAAACUUUCAUAGACCUGAUCCGGACAUGGCAUGACAAGGGUACCGCAAAGUACGACGAUGUCUUGGACAUUGGUUGUGGGCCAGGGCAAACGGCUUAUCGCCUAGCGGAGCUCUUCAAGAAUACCGUCGGUGUCGAUCCCUCACCCGUGAUGCUCGCCGCCGCUCAAGACCCAGCAGUGCCAGCUCAUCUAGGCGUCAGCGUGCCCACUGGACAUCAACUCUCCUUCAAGCAAAGUAAGGGCGAGUCCACCGGUCUUCCCGACGGUAGCUUCGAUUUGAUCAAUGCAGCGACGUCGGCUCACUGGCUGCCCUGGCAAAAGGAUGCCAGUGGAGGAGCGAUAUGGAAAGAGAUGGCACGACUGCUGAGGCCCGGAGGUAGCCUGGUCUUUGCGGGGUACGUCAGCGUGGUCCUUCCUGGGCAUGGGCUCAUCACCGACCGCAUGGACGAAUUCGUCAGAAGCCCCGAGGGUUUCGCCCUUGCAAGUGAUCGGAGCGAUGAACUCAACCCACACAUGAUCGGCUACACCUUCUACAAGACGAUGCCCCCUCCUCCCGAGCCUUACUUUGACGCUUCCCAGACGACCAUGCUGCGUCUCUGCGUCCGUUUCAACGACAACUUCCAUAUUACCGCCAGCGAUAUACCACCCGUGCCGGACUGGGCGCGCUCCGCCGGCCUUUCAGCAGGGCCCGACACGGCAGUGGUGACAAAGAAGGGCUCGCUACGCAGUCUUGCCCUCUUCUUGCGGUCCACUUCGGCUUGGCCACGCUAUGUGGACGAGCAUCCCGAGGAGAAAGAGCUUGAGAAGACUUGUGAGGACCUGCCUUUCCGCUUAUUGGAGAAGUGGAGGAGAGAAGAGGAGCAAAAGACAGGCAAGCUGCUGGACUUGGAUGAGGAGGUCGAGUUCGUGUACCCGACUGCGAUGCUCUUCGCUCGCAAGAGAUAG